AUGCUCUAUAUGCAACAACAUUCAUUACCAAUAUGGAAAAGAGCUGGUGUGCAUUAUUAUUGUACUACAAGCGAAUUACCAAUAAUAUGGGGAGAUUUUGAGUCUGGUCCUAACAUUUCUAUCCUGCAAGCUGAAGCUUGGGGUCUUAAGGAAGGCCUUAGUGCGGCUUUGUCGCUUAAUAUUUCUAAUCUAGAGAUUGAAGGCGAUAAUCUCGCUGUUAUUAAUGUUGUUAGGAAAAUCUGGAAAGUCCCCUGGGAAAUUAAUAAUAUCAUUUUAGAUGUCAAUGCUAAUCUGCUUAAAUUUGAUAAUUUUCAGGUUCAUCAUUGUUUUCGGGAAGCAAACAAGACAGCGGACCUUAUGGCGCAUCAGGGACACUCUCACUCGGAUCUCGCCUAUAAUUAUCCUCCUUAUGAUAUUGAUUUUUCUCUUUUCAUCCGCAAUAAUGUUUUAGGUUGGCCCCCUAAUUGA